AUGGAUGCACUGGGUCGGGGGGGGUCGAAAUUCCCAGAGAUUGACGUCUUUGGUGACGUUUAUGUUCAACCUGGGAAUGAGUUGGCCGAGUCCCUUCAUACGACGAUGGUGGAGAGGAGCCAGUUGGUUCUUCAGCAGUCUGCCUCCCAACUUCCUCCCGAGACUCCGAUCGAGUCUGUGGAUCCUCCACAGGAUGCUGGAUUUCAGAUUUUGACUCAGACUCUUGGGAGGAGGCCGGGAACAUAUUGUAGGGGGAUGGGGAAUGCCUGA